CCAGCAGAAAACAAUCUGAAUGUGAGAAAUAAAAGUUUUCUCAGGACAAAGGAGGAUCGUCUUCCUCUACUCGGGUCAAGUUGUUGCCCAGAGAUUGUCUAAUAGCUCAUUAUUGGCUCAGCUUCCCCCCAGCACACUUUUCCGCUUUGACCACUGGAGGCUCUCAGCAGCUUAUGCGUCACUUCAUCUUUUAGUCGCUGAUCAUGGCGGAGCUACAGCUACAGCAUGAAGUGGAGCCUCAACUUCUCAAUGGGGACGACUUGAACGAGGAGAGAGAAGACGCAGACGCCUCAGAAGCAGUGAAAAAAAAGAGAAGAAAGAAGAAGAGGAAUAAGACCACGGCACCAGCAGGGACAAAUCGAGCUGAGAGGGACGGAGAAGCUGGAGGUGUUGGUGAUGUGACAAAACAGUUGGAGCAGCAAACACUGGAAGACAAAGAGAGGGAGGAGGACGGAGAAGAAGAUGGAGAUGAAGGAGAUAACUCAGCUGGAAAAAAGAAGAAGAAGAAGAAAAAGAAGAAAGGAUUGAAGGGACAGACUGACCCUCCCUCAAUUCCUAUUUGUGAGCUCUAUCCCAGCGGAGACUUUCCAAAGGGAGAGGAGUGUGAAUAUCCACCUUCAAAAGACGGAGCUGAAAAGCGCAGCGCAGCGUGGCGGACCACCAGUGAAGAGAAGCGGGCGCUGGACAGGGCCAAUGAGGAGAUGUGGAGUGAUUUCAGGCAAGCAGCUGAGGCACAUCGGCAGGUCCGCUCAUAUGUCAGGAGCUGGAUCAAACCAGGGAUGACUAUGAUUGACAUCUGCGAGAAGCUGGAGGACUGCUCCAGGAGGCUCAUCAGAGAAAACGGGCUGAAGGCAGGCCUGGCCUUCCCCACCGGCUGCUCCAUCAACCACUGUGCUGCCCACUACACCCCAAACGCAGGAGACCCCACGGUGCUGCGCUACGACGAUGUCUGCAAAAUUGACUUUGGAACGCACAUCAACGGUCGAAUAAUAGACUGUGCCUUCACCGUCACUUUCAAUCCAAAGUAUGACAGGCUACUGGAGGCUGUGAGAGAUGCAACUAACACGGGCAUUAAGUUUGCAGGAAUUGAUGUGCGCCUGUGCGAUGUUGGUGAGACCAUUCAGGAGGUCAUGGAGUCUUACGAAGUGGAGAUAGAUGGGAAAACAUAUCAAGUGAAGCCAAUCAGGAAUCUCAAUGGCCACUCUAUUGGACAGUACAGGAUACACUCAGGGAAGACAGUCCCUAUUGUUAAAGGCGGAGAAGCCACAAGGAUGGAGGAAGGUGAAGCUUACGCAAUUGAAACAUUUGGCAGCACAGGAAGAGGUGCAGUCCACGAUGACAUGGAGUGCUCACAUUACAUGAAAAACUUCAAUGUUGGACACGUACCAAUAAGACUUCCAAGGGCUAAACAUCUGCUAAAUGUGAUCAAUGAGAACUUUGGCACUUUGGCAUUCUGCCGCCGCUGGCUGGACCGCCUCGGCGAGAGCAAGUACCUGAUGGCGUUGAAGAAUCUGUGUGACCUUGGCAUCAUAGACCCAUACCCACCUCUGUGUGACAUCAAGGGCAGCUACACCGCCCAGUACGAGCACACCAUCCUACUCAGACCCACCUACAAAGAGGUAGUGAGCCGGGGAGAUGAUUACUAAGCAUGCAGCAAGACUCAAGGCAAACCAGGAGGAGCAUGAAAGCUCAAAGACAACAAACCUCUGCAGACUGAUAGCAAUUAUUUAAUAUUUCUCCGACCUAAAUUUCCACUGCUUUGAGUACCUUUAGGUAAUUAUUCUAGCAAGAGCAAAAAAAAAAUUGUGUCCUAGCAUCAGCUUACUAGUAUUUAUUUUCCAAGGAUCAAGCCAAUACACAAAGGGCAUAUCUUGAAGAAAUGUAGUGUUGUCAUUUUAGUCAUAUUAUGAUGUGCUGCUUUUAGGAAA